AUGAGUCCUGAGAACUGGACUCAGGUAACAGGGUUUGUCCUUCUGGGUUUCCCCAGUAGCCACACUCUGAAGUUCCUGCUGUUCCUGGGCUUGUUGGGGAUCUAUGUUGUCACAGCCACUGGCAACCUGCUAAUCAUUGGGCUCAGCUGGAUGGACAGACGCCUGCACACACAGAUGUACUUCUUCCUGCGGAACCUGUCCUUCCUGGAGCUGCUACUCGUGUCUGUUGUGGUUCCCAAGAUGCUUGUCAUCAUCCUCACAGGGGAUCACUCCAUCUCAUAUGCCAGCUGCAUGAUCCAGUCCUACCUCUACUUCCUCCUAGGCACCACUGACUUCUUCCUCUUAGCUGUCAUGUCUAUGGAUCGCUUCCUGGCAAUAUGCCGGCCGCUCCACUAUGAGACCCUGAUGAGUGGUCAUGUCUGCUCCCAACUGGUACUAGCCUCCUGGCUAGCUGGCUUCCUUUGCAUCCUUUGCCCCACCAUCCUCAUGGCCAGCCUACCAUUCUGUGGUCCCAAUGAUAUUGACCACUUCUUUUGUGACAGUUGGCCCUUGCUGAGGCUUUCCUGUGGGGACACCCGCCUGCUGGAGCUGGUGGCUUUUGUGCUGUCCACGUCAGUGCUGCUGGGCUCGCUGGCACUUAUCUCAGUUUCCUAUGCCUGCAUUCUUGCCACUGUUCUCAGGGCCCCCACAGCUUCUGAGCGAAAGAAAGCAUUGUCCACUUGUGCCUCACAUCUUACAGUGGUGGUCAUUGUCUAUGGCAGCUCCAGUUUUCUCUAUAUCCGUAUGUCAGAGGCUCAAUCCAUGCAGUUCAACAAAGGUGCCUCGGUCCUGAGCUGUAUCAUCACACCCCUCCUGAACCCAUUCAUCUUCAGUCUUCGCAAUGAGAAAGUGAAACAAGCCCUAAGAGAUGCCCUGAGUGGGCUCAGGCCCAUGGAUGUGGGAGACGAUGAGGGUCACAAGUAA